AUUAGGAGGAGCAGCUCCUAGCAAAACCCUCAUCCACCCUUAAACGCCACUAAUCAUUAGGGUUUUCAUUCAUCUAAGUUGCAGUCUCUGAUUCUGAGUCUGAGUCCUUCGCUUUUUCUUCUCUCUUGUGUAUCCAUAGAAGAAUGGCUACUACUUUUCUUUCCUUUUGUCCUCACACUCUCUGUUACCCUCACCUAACAAGGCGUCCCCUUUCUUGCUCUUUUUCCUCUUCUGCUCUCUCAGAUACUGAUGGAUCUAAAGUACCGCGCAAAAGAUCAAGAAAAAUAGAAGGUCCUAGAAAAAGCAUGGAAGACUCUGUUCAACGCAAAAUGGAGCAAUUUUAUGAAGGAUCGGAUGGGCCACCCCUCCGAGUUCUUCCUAUUGGUGGGUUGGGAGAAAUUGGGAUGAAUUGCAUGCUUGUUGGGAACCAUGAUCGCUAUAUCCUCAUUGAUGCCGGUGUCAUGUUUCCAGGCUAUGAUGAGCUUGGGGUCCAAAAGAUCAUUCCUGAUACAACAUUUAUAAGAAAAUGGAGCCACAAAAUUGAAGCAGUUGUUAUAACACAUGGUCAUGAAGAUCAUAUCGGUGCGUUGCCUUGGGUCAUCCCGUCAUUGGAUUCUCAUACGCCAAUUUUUGCAUCAUCCUUUACAAUGGAGCUUAUAAGGAAACGUUUGAAGGAGCAUGGUAUUUUUGUUCCAUCCCGACUCAAAAUAUUCAGAACAAGGAAGAAGUUUAUGGCUGGGCCAUUUGAGAUAGAACCUAUUACAGUGACCCAUUCUAUUCCUGAUUGCUGUGGAUUAGUUCUUCGCUGUUCUGAUGGCACUAUUCUUCACACUGGGGAUUGGAAGAUUGAUGAAACACCAUUAGAUGGUAAAGUUUUUGAUCGUGAAGCUCUAGAAGAACUCUCUAAAGAAGGAGUCACAUUGAUGAUGAGUGAUUCAACCAAUGUACUCUCACCUGGAAGGACAAUAAGUGAAUCUGUUGUGGCAGAUGCAUUGUUGAGGCGUAUUUCAGCUGCUAAAGGAAGGGUUAUAACAACCCAGUUUGCAUCAAAUAUACAUCGUCUUGGAAGUGUUAAAGCUGCUGCUGAUUUAACUGGUAGAAAGUUGGUAUUUGUCGGCAUGUCUUUAAGGACAUAUUUAGAUGCAGCUUGGAAGGAUGGAAAGGCUCCAAUUGAUCCAUCCACUCUGGUGAAAGCAGAGGAUAUUGAUGCUUAUGCACCAAAGGAUUUGCUAAUUGUAACAACAGGUUCUCAAGCAGAACCACGUGCUGCCCUGAAUAUUGCAUCUUAUGGAAGUAAUCAUUCUUUCAAACUGACAAAGGAAGAUGUUGUUUUGUAUUCAGCUAAGGUUAUCCCUGGUAAUGAGUCUCGUGUUAUGGAAAUGCUAAACCGCAUAUCAGAGAUUGGAUCAACAAUAGUUAUGGGGAAGAAUGAAUGUCUGCACACAUCUGGCCAUGGGUAUCGUGGAGAAUUGGAGGAAGUACUUAGAAUUGUGAAGCCCCAACAUUUUCUUCCCAUACAUGGAGAACUCUUGUUCUUGAAGGAGCAUGAAAUACUUGGAAAAUCAACUGGCAUUCGGCACACUGCUGUUAUUAAGAAUGGGGAGAUGCUUGGUGUUUCACAUUUGAGAAAUAGAAGAGUCCUUUCUAAUGGUUUCAUUUCACUUGGGAAAGAGAACUUGCAGUUGAAGUAUAGUGAUGGUGACAGAGCAUUUGGAACAUCAAGUGAACUCUUCAUUGAUGAAAGAUUGAGAAUUGCAUUAGAUGGCAUCAUUGUGGUUAGCAUGGAAAUAUUUCGCCCUCAAAAUUUAGACAGUCUGGUUGAAAACACCUUAAAAGGCAAGAUAAGAAUUACCACAAGAUGCCUAUGGCUUGACAAAGGGAAGCUGUUAGAUGCACUCCAUAAAGCUGCUCAUGCUGCUCUUUCUAGCUGCCCUAUAAAAUGUCCACUAGCUCACAUUGAAAGAAUUGUGUCUGAGGUGUUAAGGAAAAUGGUGAGGAAGUACAGUGGCAAACGGCCUGAAGUUAUUGCCAUUGCCACAGAAAAUCCUGCAGCUGUUCUCACUGAUGAGAUAAACACAAGGUUAUCUGGCAAAUCCCAUCUGGAUGGGAUAUCAACAUUGAGAAAAGUGGUGGAUGGACACAGGCAAUUGCAAAUAAGAGAUGAUGGUAUUGAUGUUGAAGAUCUACUACCUAAGGAAGACACUGCUACCUCCAGCAGAGCCGAGGGUGAUUUGUCUGAUACAGAGGAUUCAGAUGAAUUUUGGAAAUCAUUUGCUGAAUCCUCACCAAUUGAGAAGUCAAUCAAGGCUAACAAUGGUUAUGUUCCAAGAAAGGAGAAGUCCCAGCUGAAAGACGAUGGUUCUGAAGUUGCUGAAGAAUGCAAUUCUGAAAAGACAUCAAAUUCUGAAGAGAAAUCUUCAAAAUCAGUGAAGAGAAAAAAAUGGAAACAUGAGGAAGUUAAGAGGCUGAUUGGUAUGCGCGGGGAACUGAAUGACAAAUUUCAAGUUGCGAAGGGAAGGAUGGCCCUCUGGGAAGAAAUAUCUCAAAACUUGUUGGCUAAUGGGAUCAGCAGAAGUCCUGGGCAGUGUAAAUCUCUGUGGACAUCUUUGGUACAGAAAUAUGAGCAGGAAGUCAAGAAUGACAAGAAUAGCAACAAAAGAUGGCUAUAUCUUGAGGACAUGGAAAAGAUUCUGUCUGAUAAUGAGGCACCAGCAAAAAAAUGAUUGUCAAUGUGGGGCAGGACAAGAAAUUUUUUUAAGAGCUUUCUGCAUUAAGAUUGGUUCUAUAAAUCUGAGCAUUAUCGCUGGGAAGAUAAUCCACUUCAUGGACUCGUGACAUUGAAGAUCCAUAGUUUCGUGAGGAGAUAGACUGCAUUAAAGGGAUUGGCUCUUUUACAUUAAAAGAAGUUAACGAGAGUAGCGGGUUUAGGGUAUGAUUUAUCCACCACCUCAAAUGGCAGCACUUUGAGGGUCAUUUUGAUGGCAUUAAUUAACAUGGAAAAACAAUUUUGAUGUUAAUGAAGGACUAAUAUAAUGUCAAUG